UUUCAGUGUUUUAGCUCAAAUGAGUGGAGUCAAUCAUAUUCAGGACUAGAUUCUGUAUGUGACUCUUAACAACUCAUUUGCGUAGACUUCUCCGUGAAAACAAGUUCGAAUUCGGUGAGACGUAAAAGAGGUCGACUCUUCCUUUUCAAUAUUGCGUUUCUUUCGUUUAAUUUCAAAGGGGCCCGUGAUGUCGCAGUUUUCCACCUAUUUAUUGGCACAGGAUAAACCCAUUAUUUCCACUGAAAAUGUCUUAAUCGAGAGCCAUAUUUGAUGAUCAUGCUAAUCAUGUCGUCAUCGAGGAAAACUCUGCUCACAUAACCGAUUGAGAAAGCGAACAACAACGCUUUUCAGCAACGCCGCGAUGAACUGCAAGAUUAGGUCUAACAAACUAACGUUGACGUUGAGGCUCCGAUCAAGUUUUCGUAUCGGAUUUGUCCACUGGCGACAUGAUCACAAUUGACAGUAAAAAGGUUUCGGCUGUAAGGUGGAUUCCAGAAAAACAAAUCGCUGUAUCGUCUGGUGCCGGGACGAUUCAGAUUUUUGAACUGGAUGAAAACAAUUUGACAACAACACUCGUGAAAGAAUUCAAACAUAGAAGUAAAUAUGGACGUCUGGAAUGGAAUGAAAAGACCCACUUUUUGGCCAGUGGUGAUGGUGACGGGAUUAAGAUCUGGUCCAUGGAUCGUGACGACCCUAUUCAUAGCCUGCCAAUUGAUGGGGAAAUUUCAGGAUUGGCCUGGUGUCCGUGCAUAAGAAGUGGGGAAGAAGACGAAAUCGAAAAGGCAAGGAAAUCGGCCAAAAACUAUACUCUUAUUUACGCAUCGAGCGGCGUUUCUCUUUGGAAUCCACUCGAAAACGAAAAAAAGCCACGACUUCUUUCUGAUGGUGAUACGUUCGCCUUUUCAUCGGAUGGUGCGUUUCUUGCAGAAGGAGGCCGUGAUAAAUCAAUUAUUUGGUCAUCGGAGCACUGGAGACCAAUUUAUACUACACAAUACGAAUUCUUUGGUGAUAUAGAUAAUUUUUCUUGGCUUUACACUACUACUCCUGCAAACUUCUACGAGCAUAAAUUCAUAGUCAAUAACAUGGACGAGUCCAGCACCGUACUUGAAUUCGCUUUCGAAGAAAGCAAGUUUUCUGAUACAGCUAGUCAAAUAUUAAAAGAAUCAAAAGACGAGGACGUGGGUGCCGAAAGUGAAGUCGCUAGUCCUUCAAAACGCCUAAAGGCGAGCUCGUCUUCAAAAUAGAACCAAGUGAAGAAAAGUAGAUCCUGCAAAAGACAACAAUGCUAUAUUUCCGAAAUAAAAAACGUUUCAGUUGCAAUUUUUAUCCAAUGUUACUAUGGCCCUUUAAACCAUAGGUUGGAAUUUUACAUUCUGAUAAUUUUCAA